GCACGACCAAAUAGGAAUCCUUUAGAGGAAACACUUAAGGCAUUUAUGGAGGCACAAAAUAAGACUAACCAAAAGUUUGAUUCUAUUCUUACACAGGUGGUUGAAGAAAACAAGGACAUCAAGAGUCAACUAACUAAGUUGACCAAUGCUCUUACUGUCCAAGAGCGAGGGGUCAACGCAAUCACUACUCGUACUGGUAAGGUUAUAGAGUCGUUGCAAAAAGCACCUAAAUUGAAGGACGCUACUCCAAGUAGCCAUGAAGACAACCUGUUGGAAGAACCUGAGAAAGAGGUCCCAAUUCGAGUUCCUUUCCCUCAGGCUCUUAGAAUUGGAAAGAUUUCAAACAACCAAGGUGAGAUUUUAGAAAUUUUGAAACAAGUUAAGAUUAAUCUACCUUUGUUGCAUGUGAUUAAACUGGUACCAACUUAUGCCAAAGUGAUCAAGGAUCUAUGCACCAUGAAAAGGAAACACCAUGUCAAGAAAACUGCAUUCUUGACAGAACAGCUAGGUUGUGGGGAGAUAAAACCAACAUCUGUGGUGUUACAGUUGGCUGAUCGCUAUUGUAGGAAACCAAGAGGGAUAAUAGAAGAUGUUUUGCUUCAGAUUGAUAAAUUUUAUUAUCCUGUUGGUUUUCUUGUGUUAGAUACUCAGUCUGAAGUUAAUAGUGAGUAAAAAAUUCCACUUAUUUUAGGAAGCCAUUUCUUGCUACUGCUAAUGCUCUCAUUAAUUGUAGGAAUGCUUUGAUGAAACUUUCAUUUGGGAAUAUGACUCUUGAGGUGAAUAUUUUUCAUGUUGGGAAACAACCACAAGAAGAUGAUGAAUGUUAUCAUUCCUACAUGAUAGAUUCACUUGUUGAGGAAGUACAAGAAAGGGAAAAUUCUAAA